AUGAAGAGCCUUGGUUUUCUAUCUUGCCUCGCGGCGCUGCUUAGUAGCAAUGUGACGGCUGCUGCUAGGAUCGAUUCUGCGAACCGGCAGAUCAAGAUGGCUGUCGGUGCUCGUACCAACGGUAGCUGGGAUUCGGCUCCAGCGCCAGCUCCGGCUCCGGCUCGACCUGGAAGCUAUCUCGAGACACAGGACGGUUACGCGGCUUCCACGAGCACUGCUACUGGAUCGAGCGCUCAGGCUCAGAUCGAUGGCGUGCUCACUACGUCUUCUGGAAUCGGAGGGCCUGCUCGUAUCGAGCUGCCCCUGGACGCUAUCUCGUCGGCGGCAUUUGGUUCGGCCGAUGUAGAGCAGAUAAUCGCAUCCGCAAAUGGCGAGUUUACCGUGCUCUCGCAUCGAGACUUUCCGUCGGUGUCGGUGCGCAUCAAGCAGCUCUACUCUCCUCGGCCCGCAUCACAGCUCAGGGAGCACGAGGUUGACCCAGACGCGUUUUGCGACCCCACCGUCACGUCUUGGUCUGGCUACAUUGAUACCGCUUACGGUGGUAAGAGUCUGUGGUUCUACUUUUUCGAGUCACGCUCCAACCCUGCCAAGGACCCGGUGAUCCUGUGGACCAAUGGCGGACCUGGUUGCUCUUCUUCUCUGGGACUGUUUAUGGAGCUGGGCCCGUGUCGUGUACCCGAACGCGGGGGCAAACUCACGCCCGGUCCACCGAUCAACGGUACCAAGUGGCAUGCACAGUCGUGGACCAACCGCGCCAACGUUUUCUUCAUCGACCAGCCCGUCGGCGUUGGCUACUCGUACUCCAAGACCGAUCAGAAGGUGUACACGACCGAGGAAGCUGCCAAGGAUGUCUAUGCAUUCCUGCGCGUCUUCUUCUCUGCGUUUGAUCGCUUCAAGAAAAAUGAGUUCUACAUGGCGGGAGAAUCGUACGGCGGUCGAUACAUCCCCAUUUUUGCGUCCGAGGUGGCGGACCGGAACCACGAUGUGGAGCGCAAGGCACUCAAGGCGGGCAAGCAGGUCGAUCACGAUCAGCUGAUCAACCUCAAGGGAGUUCUCAUCGGCAACGGACUUACGGAUGUCAGCAAGCAGAUUUCGGGCUACUAUGACAUGACGUGUACACGUCGCGGAGGUGUCGAGCCGAUCUUGAGCAUCGAGACGUGCAAACGCAUGCACACGUACGUGCCUGUAUGCCGCGAACAACUUGGCAAGCACUGCGUCGAGUCGUACAACCCGGAUCUGUGCGACCUCUGGCUGGCAAAGUGCUCGGACGAGAUCGAAGCGCCUUACUUUUACACUGGGCAGAACCCGUACAACAUCAAGGACGAUUGCAAGUCGGGGCUGGAACCGAAUCUGUGCUACGACGUGACCGACGACAUCCGAAAGUACCUGGACCGCGACGAUGUUCGCGAGCUAGUCGGGGCUGCUUCCAAGGAUCAGAUCGGCAAGUUUGCGAGUUGCAACAAUGAUGUCGCCAGUGGAUUCUCGAGGAUGCUCGAUAUGGCGCACGACAACGGCUUUAACGUGGCAGGCUUGUUGGAGAGGGGCAUCAAGGCAUUGGUGUACGUGGGUACUUUGGAUUGGAUCUGCAACUUUAAUGGCAACUUUGAAUGGGUCAAGACGUUGGACUGGAGCGGCAGCCAGAGCUUUAGCGAGGCCAAGAAUUACGAAUGGGUCGUCGACGGCGAAAAGGCAGGUAGAACGCAGAGUGGAGGUGGACUCACUUGGGUCACUGUAUACGAAGCAGGUCACAUGGUGCCGUACGACCAACCUGAUGCUGCACUUGCUAUGCUCAACCGCUGGAUCGACGGCCAGGAUCUUUGA